AUGGAACCCCAACUACAGCAGAACCAACAGCAACCAAAUGAAGAUAGUAGCGGCUGUGGCAAAGGAAGCUUUCUUUGCAGGCAAAGUAGUUCUCGGUGGACUCCUACCACUCACCAGAUUAGAAUAUUAAAGGACCUUUACUACAACAAUGGAGUUAGGUCCCCAAGUGCAGAUCAGAUUCAGAGGAUCUCUGCUGGACUUAGACAGUACGGAAAAAUCGAAGGCAAGAAUGUUUUUUAUUGGUUUCAGAACCACAAGGCUCGUGAGAGGCAGAAGAAAAGGUUUACCACAACUAAUCAUGUCCCCAUGCAAAGACCUGCAAAUGGUGGCUGGAAAGCUGAUUCCAUCCAUAAUAACAAGUAUCCCAACAUAAAUCCUGGUUAUUCUCCUUCGUCUCCUUCAACUGGUGUGCUUACUGUUGGGCAGAUAGGAAACUAUGGCUAUGAGUCUAUAACCAUGGAGAAGAGUUUUAGGUUCCAACUCUACAUUUACUCCUUUCUGACUCUCAACUACUGUGACCAGGAUUGCUCAAUAUCAGCAUGUGGUAGCAGUACAGGUGCAAAUGAAUCCUUGAGUCACAACUUUGGAUGGGUUGGCAUCGAUCCUGCAUAUUCUUCAUCUUACACUUUCUUUGACCAGAAAAAAUUCAUUGAUGGAAUCCUCGAAGAGGAACACGAAGAUGAUGAAGAAGAAGAAGCUGCUGCUCCACAAAUUGAAACCCUCCCUCUCUUUCCUAUGCACGGUGAAGACAUUAAUACGUUUUGCAGCAAUAUCAAGCCCGAAACAGACAGCUCCUACUCUAGCUGGUAUACGUCUUAUGAUGGUUACACUGGUUCUCGUGCGUCACUUGAGCUCAGCCUCGACUCAUCUGCAGGCAGAUCACAGGAUUUUAUCUGAUGAAUAUUACCUUCCAUCUUUGUUCAUCCCAGUAUUAAUCAUGUUAUUAUGAUGUCUACCGUCUUCUCAAUUAGCUAGUAGUUAUGGCUGUAAUAUGGUGCAACUAUCGGUUUGUCCUUUGUUUUUUAUGUACAAAGUUGUCCCGAACUUGACAUGUGUCAUGCAAAGAACUAAAUUGACGCGUAAACAUCGUAACUUUUCUGUGUUAUU